UCAUCAACUGCACUAAGGAAUAGUCUCGACAGUGGUAUUGCAUCAGUAUCGAUGACAGUCGAGAACAGCCUUGGCUCACAGCAUUCCUCGUCAACGAGUGAGCCUUCAGUCACUGAAUCAGAUCAACAGCUAUCAGUUGUAUCGAUCGCGAAUUGCUCAUCAUCAGGCAGAGCAACAUCCACAAUAAGCCUCCCGCCCGAGGCGAAACGAUCGAAAACAUUGCUCACAAAACGGCAAAGUAUACUCAUCCAGAACAGUUGGAAAAGAGCACCGAAGGCGUUGGGACGGCGUCAUGCGCUUUUGCAAGGUAGAGGAUUCAUACCGGAAUAUUGGGAUACUUUUGAGGACGCAAUGGUACGAACAGUGGUCGACUGGGAAGGUGGUGUUAGAUCAUGUGAAACGUUAUAUUGCUGGAAAUAUUUGGUGAGAAAUUUUAUUCCGUUGAUUCCGCUGAAUGGUACUCGAAUAAUGCUGUCCGAAUUGUGUAUUCCCAAGAAAGUGUUGACUAAAAAGUUUUCGAAAUUAAUCGGUUUCAUCUUCACUGAUAAGAUAGAUUGUGAGACAGUUUUUAUAUGA